UAGGGAGCCUCGUUUCAGGGACAUAUGCAUAUGCCGAUCUCGUCCUAGGCAGAAUGAAAAGAGUAAACGAAAAGAAUGAUAAAAAAGCACGGAAAAGAAAAGGAAGUUGAAUUACUUAAAGACCUUCUGCAAAAGGCACAGGCACAGGCGUCAUUUUCUUUCACUGACCUGAGGAGUCAGUCACUGACUUGGAAAAAUGAGAUAGGCAUGGCGUCUCUGUCUUCGUGUAAUCAUAUCAAGGGACUUUAUUUUCUUCAAGAAGAAGGCCUACUAUUUUUAUCCGUCGCAGUCUUUAGGCUUUAGCAU